AUGACCCUCGCAUUGACCAUAUUUCUCCUGGUGUUCGUCACAGAACUCAUCCAAUGGAUCGGCCAGUCCGUCCUUCUUGAACUCGCCUAUGCAAUACAUUUGCGCAUUUUUUACUCUUCCAAGGUCUCGCAACAGCGGACACUCAAGAACGAAAUACUAUCAGCAAAAGCUGAACUACUACAAACAAGUUCGCAAGACCAGUUCGCCAAAUGGGCCAAGCUCCGAAGAAAAGUUGACAAGGGUCUCGCUGAGCUCGAGAAGCUCAAUAACGACUUGGGUUCCGCACGGAGCUCCUACAAGUUGAAAUUCAACUCGUUCAUCUGGAUGCUGACCACUGGUGCCCAAUUCGUGAUAGGAUGGUGGUACCGCAAGGCGGCAGUGUUCUUUCUUCCUCCCGGCUGGUUUGGACCGGUGACGUGGUUUCUGUCGUUCCCCUUCGCUCCCGCAGGCUCGGUGAGCUGCGGAGCAUGGCAGAUGGCGUGCCGGAGAGUUAUCAAGGUCGGGGAGCGGGUAUUGAAGGAUUUAGCUGUCGCAGGCUCUCCGACGGAACAGGAAGAGUCGAACACGAAAAAGGAGCAGUGA